CACCCUCUCAUCUCUCUCUACCAUAUCUUCUCUGGCUCCAGAAACCCGACGUGGAUUGGAUCCCAGGCAGUCGGCCGCCGCCGCGGAGCACGAGAGCAGUUAGCCGCUGGCCAUCGCAUGGAGGCCGCGCGAGGCGCGGACCACUGCCGUGGGCCCCGGCCGCCGAAGCCCGCGAGCUGGCCGCCGCCGCUGCGGAGCGCGCGGGCAGCUUGCCGUUGGCCGUCGCUGGGGGAGCGUGCCUGAUGAGCCCAUGGCUCCUCAAGAUACAUCUACAGAAAAUUCUCCAAUUUCAAAUAUGGGUUUCUCCUACGAACAGCGAGACGCCGUCUGAUCUCAUCUACCUUGCUGAUUCUUCUGGAUCGUGAUUGGGAGCGUGAUCAGGAUUGUUUCCUGGGUGCGCUGCUCCGGAUUCUUCAGUGGAUCCCCAUCUUCUGAUCGUGGUUCGUCGUGGCCGCGGGUGGAGGAAUUAUCUAGGAUUUGGAUUGCAUCCCUCAUUAUAAGCUGAUCCCUCUAUAGAUUAUAUUGCUACAGCUCAUCUUUGAUUUGUCAAAGGAAUAUUUGGAUAUUAUUUCUAUUACUCUGGUCGUGGUUGACUUUGAUCAAGAGGAAGCCGAUCCUAUAUUUAUCUGUGUUCCUGCGCUGGUGAUUAUUAGCUACCGAACGGAGUUGGUUUACCCUGCCGAGGAGUGCUAUUACUAUUUUCAGUCCUUUUAUUAUUUGGUCAGACUUGAGACAGAUCACACUAUUGUUCUUUGCUUGUCUCGAGAUAUAUAGUACUAGCCUCGUUAGUUCCUGGAUCGAGGUUCUAAUGCAGCAGUUUGAGUCAUAUACAUUGCUUGACAACAGUACUAGAUUAUCUCAUACAUUAUUCUUUGGUCUUUCUUCAGUGAACUGGAUUAAAAGAAAUAUUCAGUGAAACUAUUUGUAAGUACCGUGAAAGAUCGGACACACUCCCGGACAUUCUCGGCGUGUCUUUAGCAGUUGGUAUUCAGAGACAGGUUGUUCACGGUACUUUUGAACUUAUUGCUAUUGAUCUAUGAUGGAUCAACUUUAUUUGCUCGAUGAGAUGAAAUUUAUGCCACAGCUAUCUCUCGCAAUAAGUCCUAGUGGAUAUUUUGCUUGGCAAGAUGCCAUGGAGAAUUUCUUUGCGGGUCGUGGAUUUAGCUCAGUUGUCAAGAUGUAUUAUGCCGAAGAGACAUUUGUUAAAGAUGUUUUGCAAUGGUGGCUUGAUGUGGAUGAUCCUUGUCAGACAUGGGAAGAUAUGAAGUUUUUGCUCCGACAACGAUUUGUUUAUUCAUCUGAUGCCAUUAAAAAGGUUGUUGUAGCUGUUACCCAAAAAGCUUUUGAUACCAUGUCACUUGUUAGUUCAAAAGCAAUACAAAAAGAAGAUUCUCAGUUGUUGCAGAAGGUUGAAGUGCCUGUGGUCGAAGCGCCAGUUGUAUAUGAGAGUGAUGAUUUUUCUUUAGCAUACGGGCUGGAUUCUAGUGUUUCUUCUUGUGAUACUCAGUCUGACAUAAAAAUUGAUGACAUUAUUGAUGUUUCUGAUGGAUUAUCUAUGAUGGCACAGGAAGUACAUAGUGAUGGUACUACUGUUGAUGUGAAAGGGCAACGGUCCAAUAUAUUUAAGUCUGAAUGCAAAAUUCAAGAUAAGGUAUGCAAGCUAAUUAUUGAUGGUGGAAGUUUCACUAAUACAAUUAGUUCAGAUGUUGUGCAUGCUUUAUCUUUGUCUAUGCGGAGGCUGCCAAUACCGCGUUACAUUCAGUGGAUGAACCACAGUGGUACUCUGAAAAUUACUCACGGAGUUCGAGUAGAAUUUUCAGUGGGAAGUUAUGUUGAUAUUGUGGAUUGUGAUGUCGCACUGCUGAGUGCGUGCCAUUUAUUAUUUGGUCGGACGUGGCAGUUUGAUCUUGAUGCUAUACAUGGCGGUCACUCUAAUAAUUAUUCAUUUAUGCAUAAGGGAAUUCAGCAUGUGCUGAAGCCAGUGUCGCAUAGUGCUAUUAAAGCGAAGGUGUUCGCCACUGUGAAAAAGAAGAAAAAAGUGGUUGCUGAAAUUGCCCCAAAGCCGAGGACGGCUUUGCUUCGAGAGGGAGAGAAUAAUGUUGCAUUAAGUUCCGAAAUUAUUGCCUGCGAGAGCUCAAGCAAGGGUCUGAACUCCACCGUUGCAUCUGCUAAAACUUUUGAUGAUAUUUAAAAUGAUGUCACUGAACAAGCUCAAUUAGUUUAUACUCAGAUACAUGACCCUCCUAUGCAAAUUGCCUCUGCCGCUGGUGCAUUGAAAGUGGAUGAACGAGAAAAUUUAUCUUUGGUUAUGUCUAGCAAAUAUCAUUUCGAGAAUGAAAAAUUGAUGGACCAUGACAGUGUUGCCAUUCUUCCAAGCAAGAACUCAGAAGUGGUUGAUUUUAACUCAAAGCCAAGGACGGCUUUGUUUCAAGGAAGGGAGAAUGAUGAGCCCAUGGCUCCUCAAGAUACAUCUACAGAAAAUUCUCCAAUUUCAAAUAUGGUAAUUGGUCUUCAAUUUAGAGCUAUUUAUUUUGACAAGAAAUAUAGUUAAAAUAUGGACAAAUUUACUAGCACCGGCCUAUCAUCAAAUAUAUAUUUUAGAAGUGUUUUAUUGCUUGAUAAAAAGAAGAAAAGGGCGGCCAAGGAAAUAUGUCAAUAUGGAGACCAUGCACGUCAAGAUAAAGGGCCACCUAAUCUGAAUACGUGAAUUUUAUCUGGUCCAUUGAUCAGCGAGGUGAUUUAGCAAUGUUGCCGCAUUAUUUUAAUAUUAGCAUGUCAAAGUUAGUUUCAUGUUUGGGAUGGGUCACGUACGUGCUAAUUAUAGCCUGGGUCUGGUCGAGUCGGACCUGGGUCGAAUUGUUGUGCGCCUGCGUGCGUAUAAAGUGCUGCUAGUCAGCCAUGUAAGAUGAAAUUGGAUUUUAUUUGUGCCUCUUGUCUAGGGUUUCUCCUACGAACAGCGAGGCGCCAUCUGAUCUCAUCUACCUUGCCGAUUCUUCUGGAUCGUGAUUGGGAGCGUGAUCAGGAUUGUUUCCUGGGUGCGCUGCGCCGGAUUCUUCAGUGGAUCCCCAUCUUCUGAUCGUGGCUCGUCGUGGCCGUGGGUGGAAGAAUUAUCUAGGGUGUGGUUUGCAUCAUCUAUUGUAAGCUUAUCCCUCUAUUUAUCUGCUACUGUUUGA